CGCAGUCUUCUAGGUCUGUAACUCCCGAACAGAAUGUCUAUGUAUUUCGUACCACAUCAUCGUCCCCAUCGAUGCUGCAAUCAUCAUUAUCGCGAACCCGAUUUUCUCGAUACGUUCUUGAACGAUUUGGAUCAAGUCGAAUUGGCGCUGAUUCCACUAGAGGCUGCUAUGAUGGAAGAAGAACACCAGCGGAAAGAUGAAAAGAAGCAAGAAUCUGCUGGACAAGGAGGACAGCAGAAAGAUGCUGGACAUGGAGGACAGCAUAAUCAAGUUCAGAAACAAGCGGGUGGAAGAAUGAGCAAGGUGGAAGAUGACAAUAACAAACUAGCAAUUUCCCUCAAUGUUGGAAAAUUCAAGCCCGAAGAGUUGAAAGUCGAUCUGGAUGGAAGAGUUUUGAAAGUGCAAGGCAAGCAGGAAGUCAAGGAUGACAAUGGCUACUCGCUGAGAACCUUCGUCCGACAGUGGAAACUUCCGAACAACGUAGACAUGGACCAGAUCAAGUCCAACAUCACUGAAGAUGGACGCCUAACCAUCGAGGCCCCCAAAAUCACCAAGCCCUCGACGAGAAGCAUUGAAAUUGGAAAGGCUUCAGCUGCUGGAAAAGAAAAUCAGUCAGCAGUACAGAAUGAAUCAGCGAAACAGAGUGAGCAAGGACACCAUGAGCAGGAGAAGAAACAGUGAUCUCUGUCAAUGUGUACAUACACCAACUGUUGAUAUUUUUGUC